AAUUUCCUUUUUUUUGAUCCAAACAUACCCCUCCCUUUCCCUUUUCCUUUCAUUUCCCUUCUCUCUCACUCCAUUGAAAAGCUACUGUACUGUGAACAAGUCAUAUACCAGAAAGAAAGAGGAAACAGAAAUGGGUUCGGACAAUGAAACCCUAGACGAAGUCGCCACUUCGUCUGAUGGCUGGAAGGAGCGCAUUAUCAUACCUACCCUUCUUGCAGGGAUUGCUGGUGGAGGAGCUGGAUUGGUAUCUAAGCAUCGCAAAGUUCACGGCCUCGCAAACAUUUCUGCAACAUAUGCCACCAAUUUUGCCAUUGUCACGGGUUGCUAUUGUGGUGCACGUGAGUUUGUAAGAGCAAGUAGAGCUUCGACGCCUGAUGAUUUAUUGAAUUCAGCAAUUGGAGGUUUUGGUACUGGUGCUAUUCUAGGCCGCUUUCAAGGUGGUCAAAUUGGUGCCAUCCGUUACUCAAUUCUUUUUGCUGUUGUUGGAACAACAGUGGAUUUUGCUACCCUUAAACUAAAGCCUGUCCUCAAGAGGUUCCGUGAAUCCAAAGUUGGGGACAAUUUGAAAGUGCCAGAAUGGUCACCCAUCCAAGUACUUGAUGAGGAAGCUCUUGCUGCAAAAAAAGCUCGGGAACAACAGUUAUAUGCACAAAGAAAUGUCCAUAAUUUAGGCAAAGAAGAAGCUUGAUAAUACUUUAUUUUAUAUGCUUCCUUUUUUUUUAUUUGUGUUGCUUUCCCUUCUCUCAGUAGUGGCAUAGCUUAGAAAACAAUUAAUAAAGGAAGAGGGAAAUAUGUUUUCAUGUUUGUAUUCUUUUUCUUCUCCCCUAGUCCAUCCAUUCUAUUGUAUUUAUAUCCUGAGCAACAAGACCCAUGCUCAGACAGAUACUGUAAGUUUUGUCUUCUAUGAGAAAGAAGGGAGCGUUUAUCUGUUGUUUUAUCAA